AUGGGAACGAAGGAGUCUGAUCGUUUCAGUCCCCAGCAAGACCAGCGCCAUGCUGCUGCUACUGCUCCAGCUCCGCCAAAUGGAGGGGUCGCUGGGUGGUCUGCUGUUUUUGCCUCUUUUCUACUCUUCGCCACAACCUAUGGUUAUUCCUCUGCAUAUGGGGCCUUCCAGGCAUAUUACGAGUCCGACUUAUUGCACUCCAGUUCCCCAUCGCGCAUCGCUUGGAUAGGCACUAUCCAAGGCUUUUUCAUGGUCUCUACGGGCGUUUUUGCGGGGCCGCUUUUCGAUCAAGGAUACCUGCACUCCCUGAUGACCGUCGGCUGUUUCCUUAACGUGAUUGGAUUCAUGAUGCUCAGCUUAUCUACAGAGUAUUAUCAGGUAUUCCUAUCGCAGGGCGUUUGUAGUGGCAUAGGCUGUGGCUUGAUCUACGUGCCUGCCUUGUCACUCGCUUCCACCCUAUUUACCACACGCCGCAGCAUUGCCGUUGGUCUGUUAUCGUCCGGGGCUAGCAUUGGUGGAACCGUCUUUUCCAUUCUCUUCAUCCGCCUACAGCCGCUGAUUGGAUUCCCCUGGACAACACGCACUAUGGCUUUUAUCCAAUUGGCCUGCUCAUGUAUUGCCGUUCCGCUGUUGAUAGCCACGACCAACCCACGGCCCAGCCCACCACGCCAGCUCAUCCACUGGCAUGCAUUGAAGGAGUUGAGCUUCGAUGCUUAUGCACUUGUCAACUUUCUAUUCUUCGUCUCCUACUUUCUCCCACUGUUCUUUAUACCAUCUUUUGCCAAGUCCGCCCUGCAUAUAUCAAUCGAUCUGAGUGUUUACAUGGCAUCUAUAUUUAAUGCGAGCUCCACGAUCAGCCGCAUCGUUGCCCCUCUGCUGGUUUCUCGUUUCGGUCCAACUAGAGUUUUGUAUGCUAGCAUGGUCAGUACAACCUUCAUCCUCUUCGGUUGGACGGGUGUUCAGACUGUCGCCGGGAGUGUUGUCAUUUGUGUCGUUAUUGGCAUUUCCACCGGAAUAUUCGUCGCUGUUACUCCGGUGUUGAUGGCUCAUCCGGUGAUUUCGCCUACCCCCUCGGUCAUUGGUACCCGUAUGGGCAUGCAGUGGUUUGCUGUGAGUUUGGGGGUGCUAAUCGGUGCGCCUAUCGGUGGUGCUCUUCAAGGACAUGGCGGAAGCAAUGGGGCCUUGGGUAUGGAGCUGUUCAGUGCGAUAGUGAUGGCUUUAGCAACAGCAAUUCUGCUAAUCCCGAUGAGGGCGAUUUGGCGGUAUGAUCAUGGCCAACGAGAAGGAGGCACUGUCUAG